UUUUCUUUCUUUUUUUCUUUUUUUCUUUUCUGUUUCUGUUUCAGUCCCUUUGUUUUUUGCGUCUCUUUUGGUUGAAUUAUUCCCCCUUUUCGCUGUAUUGUAUUUUGGAAUCUGAGAUCAGCGAGUAACACUGUAUUAGUGCGACGUGUAGGUACUUAGGUAGUGACGGAGAAAAAUAAAAAGGCAAGCAGUAUCGCUAUCACUUCACCGCCCUCACGCCAACCUCAAUCUCCCCUCAAACCCAACAUCUCUCCCUCCAACUCCAAAAUAUCACCCAAAAUGGAUCGUCUAUCCCUAAACGAAAGCCCCGCAAAUGCACCUCAGCGCAGUCCCCGCCCUCAAAACCAAUUCCCCCAGCAAGCUCAGAAUGCCCUCGGUCCAGCUGGGCCCCAGCCAACAGGCGGUCCCCCACAAUUGCCACCACAGAUGUUCACGACUGCCGCCCAACUGCUCGAUUUAACCGAUAAGAAACUCGUCCUCAUCCUCCGCGACGGAAGGAAACUCAUCGGUGUCCUGCGAAGCUGGGACCAGUUCGCAAAUCUUGUUUUCCAAGAGACUGUCGAGCGCAUCUAUGCAGGCCAGCUGUACGCGGAUGUUCCCCGGGGGAUCUUCAUCGUCCGCGGAGAAAACGUCCUCCUUCUAGGCGAAGUGGAUCUGGAUCGCGAAGAUGACAUCCCGCCUACGUUGACCAAGGCGCCAUUCGAGGAAGUGUUCGAACUUAAGAAGAAGGAAGAGGAAAAGCGGAAAAAGGGCGAUAAAAAGCGUUACGAUGAGCUCCAGGCUCUUGGUUUUGAGCCUGAGCAUAGUGGGGAGAUCUUGUUUUAA